CUGCUGAAGUCCUGCCUCUCACAAAACUAGAGUCCCACAUCACUACAAACGCGUCACAAACCCACAGCGAGGCCUUUGAUACCGAACUGAGAAACCAAACUACACGACAUGUCCAACCAAGGAGUAGGUCACCACAGGCAGUGGUCCAACAGAAGCUCAAACGAGGGAAACAGAGACACCCAAAAUGUUUGUUCUUUGUCUCCAACUCAAAUUCCUCCAAACACGAUGACUCAAGGUUCACCUGGCAGCGAUCCGCUCGCAGUAAAUCCAGCUCUGAAUGAACUGAGACUGGUUCUGCUGGGAAAAACCGGUGCGGGGAAAAGUGCAACGGGAAACAGCAUCCUGGGAAACAGAUGCUUUAAUGAUGAACUGAGCAUGAGUUCAGUCACUAAAGAGUGCAAGAGAGAGUGUGGAACGGUGGAAGGACGGAAUCUCGUUCUUGUGGACACACCUGGGUUUUUUGACACGGACUUAACAGAAGAACAAUUAAAACAAGAAGCAAUUCAUUGCCUGGCCUUGUGUUCUCCUGGUCCUCACGCGUUUCUGCUCGUCAUACCAAUAGAGCGAUAUACAGAGGAGCAGCAGCGCACCGUAGAAAUGAUUCUGGAGAUGUUUCGUGAGGACAUCAGCAAUCACAGCAUCCUGAUAUUCUCACACGCCGACAGACUCAGAGGAGAAUCCAUCGAAAGAUUCGUUUCGAAACAAAAUCAAAAAGUUCAAGACCUCGUGGAGAGAUUCGGGAGGCGUUUCGUGGCCUUCGACAACACAAACCCUACAAACCCAGAACAAGUGAGUCGACUCCUGCAGAAAGUGAACGAGCUGCUGGCUGUGAAUGAGAACCGUCACUUCACUAAUGAAGUUACAGAAGCAAUGCAAAAAGCCCAGAAGAUAAUAGAAGAGAGAAUACAAGCAGAAACGGCUGAAAGAACAAGGAAAGUAAAGCAGGAGGUCAAAAAAAUGGCUGAUGCUCGUUGGCGUGAGUUUUUUUCUUACAUUAAUGAAGAGAGGCAAGAAACUGAACGAAGAAGGAAACGCAUUCAACGCAGAAUUGAUCAGAUUGAGAAGGAUAUAAAGAAGGAAGAACAGAAUGUGCGACCGAUUCCAGAAAGACUUGCACGGUUCACAGAGUCUCUGCAGACGGAGCUGGAGAACAUGGGACGACUGGAGGACAGACGGAUGGAGGACGAGAGAGAGAGAAAGGAAAGAGAAGAGCGAGAACAGAAUGACCUGGAGAUCUGGAUCCAAGAAGACGAGCAGAGGAGACUGAGCGAAGGAGGACAGAAGAAUCUACUUUCUUCAGAUUAUAAUAAAAUGCUGUUUAUGCUGACCAUGUUCAUGCUGGGGAUUGGGGCUUCAUUUGCCCCCGCUCUCUUACCGUUCCUGUUCCCCGCAGCUCCAGCGGUGGAGACUGGGUUUGCAGCAGGGUUAUUAACCAACUUGUUAGCCGCAGAAGGAUGGGGUUUUGUUUGGGUGGUUGCUGGAGUCGCCAAAGCUGCGGUUCUGACCCGCUGCUCCAUCCAGUGACCCGAUCAACACUGAAAAUCAACAUAUAGGCCUACCGCGAAUAAGUGAAGAGCGAACAACAUCAAGCUUUAAAAACAAGACACAAAAGUAUCCCUUUAAGACAAAUAAGUUUAUUCAAGUGUGCUAUUAGUAUACUUCUUUUAAACUAAAAACAGGAAAGGAUGCUUUAUGUACUCCUCAGAAAUAUACUUGUAUACU